AAAAAAAGGGAAGUAAAUAAAGAAAAGAAAGCAUGUUUAUCGGAAGUGCGGUUAGAAUCGCGUUCUUCCAACCGCGCAUGUCGCCACCUAUUGUUGAUCUGACAGGCUCUUGUGUAGUUACGGUGAAAGCGAUUGGAUCUUCUGUACGUUUCGUGAGAAAUUAAAAAGCAAUCAAUUUGUUUUUGCAUUACAUGAAUUCCAUUGAAAUUCAAUCAAGAAGAAUGUGUCGAGUUACAGAUUGUUCUAAAUAGGAAAAACGAAAAUUUCAUCAAAGAUUUUGUCUACUUUUCGAGUAGAUGCGUUCGAGGCCAGACAUGGCGGCGAUUCGAUGAACCAAUUGCAGCAGCGCUCUCUUAGAAGAUCAGAUAUUGUAAAUUCCCCUUACAUUCGCAUCAGUGAAUGAUUCUGUACUUAUUUUGGUCGUUACUGGUAGUAAUACAAGUUCUUAUCAUUACGAAAAGGUGAUUGUCGUUCGCCGACAGAAAAAUAGAAGCCACGCAAGAUCGUACCGAAACGUUGAUCAUGAAAGAAUUGUGUUUGGUCACGUGACCAUAGCCGAAAAAUGGCGCAAAGAUCAGAGUACAAACAUGGGUUCCAUUUCAUUGCUACGGUGUCAUUUGUAUUUGUUUACAAGCGCGCGUUUUCACAAACCACGUGUUAAGUAAGUGCCAUUUCAUUGACAGUGCGUGACGGACAAUGACGGGGAGAGGAUCGAAGAGACGGGGUCGACCCCCGAAAUCGGUGGUCAUGGAAAGACCAAAAAAGUUUCAAUAUCAUCUUAUGAAGAAACCAAAAUAUUUGCAAAACAAGGGUUCGGAAACGCCAAAUUCACAACCAAGUACACCGACACCUUCGAGACCAUCAUCGCCGGUCGAAAGCGAAGAAAGCAGACGAAGUACACGAAUUCGAAAAUCUCGGGGCCCCAGAGACAGACAUUCGCGCAAAGGUGGUCACUCGAGUUCAGGUGCAUAUCAACGCCGAGGUUACAAUCCAAAUGUUGAUUAUCAUGAUUCUGAAUAUCAUUAUGGGUCGGACUUUGGAGAUGAAUCUAGUGAAAAAAGUGAAGUUGAAGAGGAUCUCUUGCAAAGCGAUGUAGAUUCAUCUGAAAGUAUAGAAGAACCUGAUCCUUCCAGUGACAGUGAUUUUUCCCUCUCCAGUUAUAGCACUACUAGUGGCACACCCCGUAAAACACUUCUUAGUCAACAAAGACCACCAAGUCCAGAACCAUUAUGGCUUCAAAAUAGAGAAUUGCCACCAUUAAAUCUACCUAAAUCAUCUGAUGAUUUAUUAGUUCCCAGAGAACUUGUUAUGCCAUGUUUAUCCAUUUAUGAAGUAUUGAGACAUUUUCGUACUUUAGUACGUCUUUCAGCCUUUAGAUUUGAAGAUUUUUGUGCUGCACUUAUGUGUGAAGAUCAAACCAAUUUGUUGGCUGAAAUACAUAUUAUGCUUAUUAAAGCACUUCUUAGAGAAGAAGAUUCUCAACAAACACAUUUUGGUCCUUUAGACCAAAAAGACUCUGUGAAUGUUAGUUUAUAUUUUGUGGAUUCUAUGACUUGGUCAGAAGCUUUACGUUCUUAUGUAGAAAGUGACAAGUCAUUUGAUCAAAAUAUUUUACAUAUUUUAUCAACAUGUGAAUAUCCUUUUACUUCUGUAGAAGAUAGAAUCAAGGUGCUACAAUUUUUGACAGAUCAAUUUUUAAUUACAAAUCCAGUAAGAGAAGAUCUACUGCAUGAAGGUAUAUUAAAUGGAAAUAUGCAUUAUGAUGAUCACUGUAGAGUAUGUCAUCGAUUGGGAGAUUUAUUAUGUUGUGAAACAUGUCCAGCAGUUUUUCAUUUAGAAUGUGUUGAACCUCCAUUAGUUGAUGUUCCUACUGAAGACUGGCAAUGUAGUACAUGCAAAGCUCACAAAGUUACAGGAGUUGCUGAUUGUAUACCUGAUGUUGAGAAAAAUGGUUCUCUUUGUCGUCAAGAACAUUUAGGAUUUGAUAGACAUGGCAAAAAAUAUUGGUUUCUUGCAAGAAGAAUUUUUGUUGAAAGUGAAGAUGGUGAAGUUUGGUAUUAUAGUACAGCUUUACAAUUAGAAGAGUUAAUGCUUUGUUUAGAUCGUAAUGAAAUGGAAGUUGCACUUUAUCGAGAAUUAUCAGACUAUAAAGAUGAAAUUGUAAGACAAAUGGAACUUACAGAACAAAUUACUAAUCAAUACAAGGGUAAUAAAAAGUCAUAUCUAGAAAUCGAAAACAGUCUUAUACAAAAAUUACAAAAAGAACGUCAAGAAAAACAGGAAAAAGAAGAAGAAGAAAAAAAAGAGAAACAAAGACAAGAAGCUGAAGAAAUGGUACGCAGAAUACAUGAAGGUACAGAUUCUCUUGAAGAACAAUUAUCAGCAGUCACUGAACAACAGGAAAUAAAAACAUCUGAAGAUUCAAAUACGAAAGAAAAUACUCAAAAAAUAAUUCCAGAAAAUGUAGAAAUAGAUAGUGUAGAUACUAAUUUAACAGAUGGGGUAAAUAAAGAAGUCAAAGCUUGUACAUCAUCAUCAUCAUCUGAAGAAAUUGAUGAAGAGAUACUUGAAGGGGACGAAAGUAUCUCAAAAAUUGGUAAAGAUGGGAAAAAACACACUAUUGUAACUAGAUCAAAAACAGGAUCAUUACAACCUAGGACAUUUAAUAUGGAUGAUCUAAAAAAACGUAGUACUGGACAGCUCUCAAAAGAAGAGUUAGAAAAAUUAGAUAAAGGUUUAAAAGAAGAAGGAGAUAGUACUAGAUUAACAAGACAAAAAGCUCAUCAAAUAGCUUCUGGUACGCAUUUAUUUAAAUUGGGAAUGGAUAACAACUUUAAAUCAUAUGUGAAUCAAUACAGUACUAAUCCUAUUGCUUUGAAUAAGGCCCAACGAAACGAAGAACGUGACAAAAAGAGACAUUUAUCACAUAAAUUUUCACUUACACAGGCUUCUGAAUUUAAAUGGGUAGGAAGUUUGACAGGAACUCGUGCUCUUUUAGUAAGCACACUUCGUCAGACAAUUCUUCAACUCGAAAGCAGCAUUCAAUCUUCAUUUAUGCAUACUAAUUGGCCUCUUUUACGUAAACCUUGGACUACAGCAGUAGGUGCUUGUGUUAAUCCAAGAGAUUUUGCUCGUGCACUUAUUGUAUUACAAGCAUGUAUUAAAUCAGUAGUAUUUGCUAGUGUAUGGCAUGAUCAACUUGGUCAUGUAAAAUUACAAAGGGUAACGGCUCUCGAACGAGAAGAAAAGAAACGUCAAGAUAAAAAAGAUAAAAAGGAAAGAGAAGAUGAGGAAGAACGUAAUCGUUUAUUUAAUUUUGUUAAAUAUACAUUAGGGUUGAAACAUCAAGUUUGGAAACAAAAGGGAGAAGAAUAUCGAGUACAUGGACAAGGUGGUUGGCUUUGGGUAUCUGCCAGUCGCCGCUAUAGAUAUUCUGAUAUGUCAAAAUUAGGUCUUCGAGUAGGCCCACAGAAAAUUAUGGUACAAAUUAAAGAUCAAGAAGGAUUAAAAAUUUUAGCUUUAGAUCCUCCCACAUAUGAUUUUUUGAUAAAGGAAUAUUGUUCUUCUAAAAAAGAAGAAAAUAAUGUGAACAUAAAAAUAAAAGAAGAAAUUAAAGAAGAAGAAAUAUCAAAGGAUACAUUAACUGAUGCAUGUAUAAAACAAGAAUGUAAAGAAGAAGACAUAAAAAAAGAAUUAGAAGAUAAACAAAAUAAAAUAGAAAUAGAUAUGAAAACGGAAGAAACAAUAACAAAAACAGAAUCACAAACAAUUAAACAAGAAACAAAAAUGAAUUUAUCAUUUUUAGCUGGUAUGAAAAUCAAGAAAGUUUAUACACCUAUAAAAGAAUUUGAAGAAAUUGAUAUUACUAAGGCAUUAACAACUAAUGGAAGACUUCAUUAUCCAAAAAUUGCUAAAAAAACUAGAAUUGAUGAUUUCCUGGCACGUAGAACACAUUUAAAACUGUUAGAAGAAAGAAGAUUACUACAGACUGAAAAAUCGAAAGAAUUAUUAAAUCAAUCAACAAAUCAAAAAGAUGGAGAUUCUGAAGUGGAUAUAGAAAAUAAUGAAGAAAGUGAUACAGAUGGAGGUGAUAAUUCUUUACAAAAUAUUCUUACUGGAAAACAACCUAAAACUAUAUCUACAUCAGCUAGAGAAAUGUUAAAUGUAAUAGGAAAGCGAAUUCAACAUGUUAAAGCUCAAUAUGCAAGCAUAAUGAGACUUAAUAAAAAUGGUAGUUGUUAUUCACGAUAUUGUAAUAUGACAACACUUCCGGGAAAGAUUACAACUACAACACAAAGUUUAACAUCUACUUGUUAUUCUCCUAUAUGUCUUCAAAAAGCAAGAUUAAAACUUGAUCUUAUUGCAUUGUUAAGAAAAGCUAAUGCUUUGAAUAAUAAUCAAUCAUUGAAUUUAUCAAUUGGAGCAAAUACAAUGCAAUUAUCACAAGCAAAUUCAAAAAUAGAAGGAAAUGAUGCUAAAGAUGCAAUUAGAAAAGAUUUAGAAUCUGCAGUAGCAUCCGCAACUCAUUGUACUGAAGAAACACCAGCUACAAAUGUAGUAAAAGAUGUUUCACCUCCUAUCAAAAAAAUAAAAGUUGAAUCUAACACGACUUCUACUAAUGAUAGUUCAGGAUACAUUGAUGUAGUAACUACUACAAAUAAUAUAGUUACUACAACAACUGUAACUACAACACAACAAACUAUAAAAACAAUUGAUGGUAUUGUACAAAGUAUGCAGGAAAGUACCAGUUCUCAAAAUUCAGUUACAUUUUCAUCUGAAGUUAAAACAAGUGUAGGGCAAAAGACAAUGAUUGUUAAUCGAAGAGGAAGAACAGUGCAAAGAAGUACAAUGGCUAAAGAAUUAAAUGCUGAUGGCACAGAAAGAAUAUACUCUACUACGUCAACUGAAGGAAAAGUUUAUUUGAAAAAAGUUGCAAUUUCUUUGGCUGAUAGAAAAAAGAAACGUACUCCAGUUAAAUACCCCUUAUGUUCCACAUUUUGUACUAAAAAUAAACAUCGUAGUAUAUUGGUACUUCCUCAACAUGAAUUGCGUAAAUUAGCUAGAGUUGGUGGCCGAAUACAAGUUCUAGGUUUUCAUCAAAUGGCUAAGGCAAAUAUGUCAGUAUGGCCAUACCCUUGUCCUAGACCACUAUUUAAGACUUGUUGGUUAUACAGAACAGUUGGCAUAAAAUCAUUGGCUGCAGCAGCUCUUCAAUUAAGAAUAUUAUGGGCAUGUCUUCGUUGGGAUGAUAUGGCUGCAAAACCAUUAUCCACAGAUGGCAAACAUCAAAUUACAACUGAUACGGAAAUUAUGUCAUUGGAAAUUCUUAAACAUCGUCAUGUUGGUCAAUUUUUAGACAAGACACAAUACUUACGAAGAAAAGUUGUUAUACCUUUAGAACUUCCAAAACAAGUCAGAGAAGUUACAUCUAUAAGAAGUGGUUUAAGAAAAAGAAAACGGCCAGAAUCACCACAAAGUACUGAACCACAAGUUACGGAAGAAUGGGUUGAUGAAGAUAAAUUAGAACUGUGGGAAAUUAAACAAUAUGGUGAUAGGAGUCGAUCGGGACAGCCACAAUCAACAGUUGGUUCUAAUCGAAAUGCAGGAUCAAAUUCUGGUAUAAAUGAUCAACUCGUUAGUGGUAAAGCAACACCUGAAGAAAUUAAAGAAAAGAUGGAACAACAAUUACGUAUGCAAAGAGCUGCUCAUCAACAAAAAAGAGCAUUAGAAACUUUAAAAAGUCCAGCUAGUUCUGGUUCACCUACACAAGUUGUAAAAGUUACAGCUAAUUCUGCUCAUGAUGGAACAGUUAAAUUAGUUUCCAAAGUUGCGAUACCAGCAAAUCCAAAUAGUGGAACAAAAUCACAAUUAACUUCUCUUUUGACGACACCUACGCAAAAUAAACCUUUUAUUAGUACAAAACGUAUUUAUAUGGCAAAAUCAUCUCUUGGAACAACAAAAGUUGUUUCUGGACCUACAAGUAUUUUACCAAAAACACAACUGCAAUCUGGAGGUCAACAAUCUUUAAUUAAAGUUUCUGGUCAAGCAGGACCUAUACAACAAAUUCAACAAAGAGUACAGAUUAUAAGAGGACCAGAUGGAAAACUUCAAGUUCGAGGUUUGAUGCCUGGUCAGCAAUUAGUUCAAAUGCCUGAUGGAAAACUUCAUGUGUUAAAUAAUAGUCAAGCAAUUACUACUCUUGCACAAACUGGAACAACUACGCAAACAAAAACAGCUACAACAACAACUGCAGCUAAAGUGACUACAACAGCUAAUUGUACUACUAAAACUAGUCCAUCUAAAACAUCAACAAAUAUAACGCAACAAGUACAAACUCAGCAAUCACAAACUCAAUCUCAACAAACAAUUCAACGUUCGUCAGGAACUGCCUCAGGAACAGUAACUAUUGCUACUACACCAGCACAACCUACAAAAAAUGCUAUUGUAGUAGCUAAUACUGGACAAAUUGUACAAAGUGCACAAGUAAUAUCAACUGGUGGUCAAGUCAUUAGUGGAAAUCAAAUAGUGGUUACUAAUGCUAAUUUAGCUCAACAACUUGCAAGCGGCAAAGCUCAAUUAACAACAAUUGGUGGUCAUCAAGUAGUUAUUCGUAGUACUCCAACAGGCAAUCAAAUUGUUCAUUUAAAUUCGACAAAUAGUGGUAUUAUUGUAAAAAAUACUGUCACACCAACAAAACAAGUUCCUGUAUUGCAAUCUGCUCAAUCAACAGCAACAACAAUAGGAGCACAAUCAACUGAUACAACAAAUAAUAGUAUUAAUAAUAAUACAUCGACGAAUGUGACAUCGUCUACUAUCACAACUGCGACAAAUCAAACAUCCAAUACUCCAGCACCUGGAAGUGUAGAAGCAUCUUUAUUAGCUGGUCAACCACCUGGAACUGUUAUUAAAUGUGUUACUGCUCAAGUUAUACAAACUACUCAAGGUCCUCGUAUAGUAUUACAAGGUUUACAAGGUGCUGAUUUUACUCCUCAACAACUUAUAAUGGUACAACAACAAGUAAAACAACAAUUACUUAAAGCUCAAGCUACAACAGGCAAACAAGGAGUAUUAGGACCUACUAAAAUUUAUUUAGCUGUUCAACCUGCACCUAAUAGUCAACAAUCAAUUCAGAGUUCUCAAAGUUCUACAACAGCAAAUACUCCCGCUACACCGGCAACAAAACCACAAAUUGCACAACAACCAGUUGUUUCUCCACCAGCAGCGACUGAACCUCAAACGGGAAAUGAAAGCAUUCCAGAACUUCCAUCAACAGCAACAUCAAGUUCUCCUGAAAAACCGAAAGUAGUUGUUCAACAAGUUGCUCAACCUAAUGUGACUACAGAAGAGGAAUCGCAAAAAACAAACGUAGCUAAUGGUCAGCAACCUUUGCAAUCUUUAAAAGAAGGAAACGAUUCCUCGGCUAAUAAAUUUAUUUUAACACCUGAUUACAUACAACAAACUAUUAAGAAUGCAUUGAAACAAGAAAAUCUUAAUCCGGAAAUAGAAGAAAAAUUAUUACAAUUGCAACGAUAUCAAGAGAAACAAAUGAAAGGUGGUGUUGAAAAUUCAGCAACUAAUAAUCAAACUCAUACUACACCUACAAUUACAACUCCGCGUAUGCCAUCUCGUAAAAGACCGGCACCCUCUAACAUUCCAACAACAACCUCAUCUACGAAUAUACAAUCAGCAACAAAUGAUAAAGAUACUGAUUGGACAGAAACACCCAGAAAAAAACCUACACUAAAACAAGAAAGUCGUGAAACUCCAAAAGUACAAAAAAUUGAACCAAUAGAAAAUGAAUCAACUCCACAAAAACGAGCAGCAAAGCCAAAAGACACUCAAGAGCAACGGAGGAAACAACAAGUUCAUUCUCGAAUGCAAGUCUUAUUAUUUAGACAUAAAGAACUACUUAAAAAAGAUAUUUUAAAAAAAAGAGCAUUACUUGAAAAAGAAUUACAAAUAGAUAUUCAGAAAGAUUUAUCAGCGGAAUUAGCUUCAAGAACAAAAGCAGAAAGACACAAACAGGAUGAAGUAAAAGUAGGAAGUGCAAAACGUAAAGCGAAUGCUCAAAUGGCUCAACAAGUUAGUCCACCUAAUAGAGGUGGAAGGCCAAAGAAAUACAAGGCUCAAGGAAGUAACACUACACCACCAGGAGCUUCAACAGCACCUACUACGAACAGAAUCAAAAAAGAAAAAUUAUAUUGUUUAUGUAGAACACCAUAUGAUGAAACAAAAUUUUAUGUGGGAUGUGAUCUCUGUAACAAUUGGUUUCAUGGAGAUUGCGUUGGAAUCACAGAAGAAAUGUGUAAAACUCUUUCAGAGUUUGUUUGUACAGAAUGUAGACAUGCAAGAGAUACACAAGAGCUAUAUUGUCUAUGUAAACAGCCUUAUGAUGAAUCUCAAUUUUAUAUUUGCUGCGAUAAAUGUCAAGAUUGGUUCCAUGGUCGAUGCGUGGGUAUUUUACAGUCGGAAGCAGACAAUAUUGAUGAAUAUGUUUGUCCGAAUUGUCAACGAAAUUCUUCUGUUAAUUUUGCUAAUAUGAAAAAUCUUAACGCAAAAGAUCUUGAUCUUCUUAAGAAAUUAAUUAAACAAAUACAGGCGCACAAAAGUGCUUGGCCAUUUAUGGAACCAGUAGAUCCAAAUGAAGCACCAGACUACUAUAAAGUUAUAAAGGAACCGAUGGAUUUACAAACAAUAGAAUUGAGGAUAAAUGAUAGAUCUUACAAGAAAUUAAGUGAAUUUAUUGGCGACAUGACAAAAAUAUUUGAUAAUUGUCGUUAUUAUAAUCCGAAAGAAUCACCUUUCUUUAAGUGUGCAGAAUCCUUAGAAACUUAUUUUGUUCACAAGAUUAAAAGUUUAAGAGAAAAGUUUUCUGAAGGAAAGUAAGCAAUCAAAAAAAGAAAAAAAAAAAGAAAACUGUAACUAUAAACGAGUGGAAGUGCUAAGCAUCAAUGGUUAAUUUGUGCAACAACAGAAAUGAUCUGUGCCAGUAGAAAAGAGACAUUCAAAUUAGCCAUAAGUAUGUAAGAGUAGGACAUAUAUAAGUUCACUAUUUAUUAGAAUUGUGUGAACAAUUGAUUUGCCUUCGUAAAAGCGAAUAUUAUUUGAAUAAUGGCGUACAGAAUUUUGAACCAAAACUUAUAAUAAUUUAGCUUUAGAAUACAUACAGAGUCUAAUAAAUAUUAAAAAAAUAUUAUGAAAUUUUAUAUUUUCAAAAAAGUUUAUUAUAAGAUUAUAAAUUAUGUUCAAAUUUAAAAUAAUAUUAUAUAUAUUAUUUAUAAUAAUUACUUUCAUUGUCUAUUUAUAUAUGAUAAUAAAAUAUUAAUUUUUUAAACGUAUAUUGCUUAUAUAAAUUUUUGUUAACAAAAUAAACAGGAAAUAUUUAAUAUGAAAAUGUUAAAAUGAUAUGAAUUCAAAUGCAUGAAACCAUAAAAUUUAAUAAAUGUAAUAAAAUAAUAUACAUACAUACAUACAUAUAUACAUAUAUAUAUAUGUAUAUAUAUAUAUAUAUACAUACAUAUAUAAUGUGCAAUAAAUUUAUUUAUUAUAUUUUAUAUAUGAAAAAAUAAUAAAAAUUUUUAUAGAGAAUAAUCAUAAGUUAUGGUUCAGAAUUCAUAUGUUCUACACAAAUAUUAUUAUUUAUGUACAUCUAUUAAAUAUGUGUAAUUAUGCAUGUUAUGAGAAUAAUUAUAAAUAUAUCAAAUCAGUGCCACUGAGCGUUUAGAAUGAUGAGUUUUUAGUAACCUAAUGCAAUGUAUUUUGCGAAAUCAUAAAUCAUAAAGAAAAAGUUGGAAAUCAUUUAAAAGUUCAUUAUUAUUUAAUAAAGAAAAAAAAAUGGUCCAAUCACUGUCAUUAUAUUUUAUCUAACAAAAAUCAAUUUUUUCUCAAUAGACGUAAGAUUUAUUUAGUAAAUGCAUAAUAAAUUGUACAAAUUUGUUUAUUGUACUCACAAGUAAUUAUUAUAUUAUUUUAUCACAAAAUUUUCUAUAAAAUUGUUUACAAAUAAUAUAUACAAUGUUAGAUGAUAAGAAAUAAGCGGAUAUGUCUGCUUUGUAUAUAUCCAAGUAAAAGUAUCUAUAAAAAUAGAUAUAUAGAAUCUUGAUUCUUAUAUAUCGAAGAUAUAAAAAAAAUCAUUUAAACGCAAAAACUGAAUUUGAUGAAAAUAUUGUUUAUAUUUUAGCUAUUAAACAACUAUUUGUGAAAAGUACUAAACUGUACUACAUUGUAUAUGUACAAGUAUAUUCAGUUUCUGUAUUCUUACAGGAUAUGAAAAGGCAAUAUUAUUUCAUGGACAUCUAAGGAACAAAAAUAAUAUAUAUACAUAUAUAUAUAUACGUAUAUACAUACAUACAUACUCAUAUGAAAGGAAGCAAAGAAAAGCCUAGCUUCUAAUUUUCACUAAUAAAUUACAAGAGUGAAAGUACAUAGUAAAUAUUUAAUUCAUAAAGAAGAAUCUGAGAAUUUCUAGGAAUCUAAACUACACACAGAUUUAUUCUGUAAAGGUCUAAGAAAUAUUUCUUUAAGGAAAUCUGUUCUCUGAUAUUAAGAACUGUUUCGUGUAUGUACAUUAACAUGUGUGUUUCACGAACUCAAGAUGCGUCUUAACGAUGGUCAAUCAUUUAUUUAAGUGAAAAAAGCAGGUUGUACAUUUUUGCCAGGAUGAUGCUUGUACAGUAUUUUUAAUUCAAAGUUCACAAAACCUGGCACUGAUCUGUUUUUUACCUUCGACUUUCGAUUAUAGUUACAGAAUACAUAUAAUUACUUUGCCCAGAUUUAUACACCGCAUUAGCUUUAUCAUAAGCUCAAGUGGUCAUGUCAUAUGCGUCUCGUUUAUCGAAGCUUUAUUUUAUCUCUAUUGUAAUGUAUUUUACAAAUGUCUUCAAUAUAUAUCGAUAUAAUAUCUAUAAUUAUUAAAAUGUUAAAUUUUUAUUUUUUUACGCUUAAUUCUUUGCUGUAUUCUGUGUUUAAACUGAUAGCGUUCCUCGAAGUUGUGUGUCUCUAAGUUUGUUUGAUCUAUAUAUCGCAAAGAGUUAAGCGAACAUUUUAAAGAGAAUUUUAUUUUGAAAAUUAUGCCUCGAUAGAUUUACUCUUUGAGAUUUAGUACAUUUUUGAAAUUCUUCUAUUUUGCCUUUGGACAUUAUUUGGCUCGUAAGAAUUUAUGAAUAAAGAUUAAUAACAAGUAUUAAUAUAUAAGUAUUUACAGUAAUAAAUACGAGCGCUAAUUGGAAAUAAUAACGUAUUAGCUUUAUUUUUUGAGGCAAAUAGGAGAAUUAAAUUGUUUCUCAAAGAGUUAAUCCUUAUAUUUUUUACGAGAUGCAUGUGAACUUACAAAGUCGUUGAUACUCUUAAAAUUUUUGAUGCGUUAAGAAAACAAAUUUAGCUAAACUCGUUCUGUCGAGUAUUCUUUUCUUACAUAGAAGCGACAUUUGAAGAUGUACUGAAAUAAAAAUUUUUCUGUAAAAAAGUGUAGAAAUACUUUAAGGUAUAUAUUAGAUAUUAGUCGUGUAAGUUUUGGCAUGCUACUGAAGUGUAAAAACUGGGUGAAGAAUUGCAGCCAUGUACAUUUUGCGCUGCUCUAUUUCACUUUGCCCGCUUAUUAAUCAUGUAACAAGGUGUUUAUUUCUAUUAAAAAAAGCAACAAAGUGUGAUUACAUAACUAUAUUCAUCUAUAAAUCUAAUAUUACUAGUUUAUAAUAAAUAUAUUUGUACUAAUUUUAAUCAUAAA